AUGCCUACCUACUUAAUCACACAAGCAACCGGUCAGCAGAGUCGCUGGGUUAUCUCCCAUCUUCUUGCGGCGGGUGGUAAAAUCCAUGCACUUGUUCGGGACCUCCAGAAAGUCCCGCCAAUCUUGCAAGACUCGAAUAUCACUCUUUUCCAAGGCGAGAGCAAAAACUAUGAAGAUGUAUUCCGAGCAGCAAAAGGAUGUGAAGGAGUCUUCUUGAACACCGUUCCAUUCCCAGGACUGGAAGUCCUGCAGGCUAAGACUGUUGUCGAGGCUUGCCAGGACGCUGGCGUCGAAAGCAUUGUCGCAGCCACGACCCAUGGUACAUCUAACACGGUGAUGUGGGAUAACGAUGAAGUCAAAGAAAUCCAACUGCAUGAUUACUUCUCGUCCAAGGCAGCAGUUGAAGAUAUCGUCCGAGCCGGCAAAUUCCAAGCUUACACCAUUGUUCGGCCGGCCGUGAUCCAUCACGACUUCUUCCUUCCAGGCGCACUUGGCAACUUUCCUCGGCUUCCAACCCAUGGAGAGCUAGAUCACCUUUCCGAAGAGGGUGCUAGACUGCCUUAUACGGAUGCAAACGACGUCGGCAAGUACGCCGCAGCGGCUCUACAAGACCCAGCCAAGUUUGGCGGUCAAGAGAUUGAUCUUGGACAUGAGCUACUUACCAUCCAUGAUGUCCGCGACAUCCUCGUUAGGGUCAGCGGCAGGGAAGUAGGGGUAACUAAGCGUACCCCGGAAGAGUUGGAUGAGAUGGGCAUUAGAGUCCCUGGUCAGAACUUCUACUUAUUGGCAAACAUCAAGGAUCUCAGCUGGACUGCCGCCAUCGCCCAAGAGGUCCAGGGAAAGUUCGGAAUGCCAUUUACUUCACUCGAAACGGCGUUGCAAAGGGACCGGGGUUUGCUCCUGGAAUGUCUGCCAACCAAACAGGUCUCUUAA